AUGGCAGAUAAUGAUGCCCUUAAUAAAUCAGAACAAAACAACUUAGUGGAAAAGGGCCGACGGAGAGACAGUUAUCACGAGUUUUCCCCACCAGAUGGAGGUUUCCGGGCAUGGAUUGUAGCCAUCACAUCAUUCUGUGCUAAUGGAACCGUCCAUGGUAUUGUUAAUAUAUUUGGUAUAUUGUAUGUUAAAUUAAUAGAUAAGUAUGCAGGAAAUGAUCCCAGUAUUUCUUUUAAAACAUCAUGGAUCGGGUCAGUGUCUAUUGGUUUAUCCUUUCUAAUGUGUCUGGUGGCCAGUAUCGUCAGUGACAGAUUUGGUAUCCGAAAGACUGCUUUAAUUGGAUCACUGCUCGGAUUGAUAGGACUGGUUUCAAGUGCCUUUGUGGAACAAUUAGAGCUUCUUUAUUUAACUUAUGGCAUUAUUUUAGGAGUUGGUUCGGCCUUCGCCUAUUCCCCUUCAUUAGUGAUAUUGGGGCAUUAUUUUAAGAAACGCAUCGGAAUCGUAAACGGCUUCGUGACGUUUGGAAGUUCUGCAUUCACCAUAGCGCUCUCUCUAGGGGUGCCGUAUCUUCUGGAAGCCGCAAAUUUAAAAUACACAUUCCUGUUUUUAGGAGGACUUUACCUAUUACUUAUACCCUGUGUUUUAACAUGGAAACCAUUAAUUCACAAUGAAUCUAACCAUCCAUCCUUCUCUCUAUCAACAGAAAGUCUAUAUGACCGAUGUGGUGACUGUUGUUCGUGGACCAGAAAAUAUCUUAAUGUCAGUAUAUGGAAAAAUAAAGGAUAUGUUAUAUGGGUUUUAUCAGGAUCAAUAUCAUUAUUUGGAUAUUUCGUUCCAUUUUUUCAUUUGGUCAGGCACACCGAGGAUAUAUUUUCAGAAUCCGAUGGUAGUUAUUUAAUCUUAUGUAUAGGAAUAACGUCCGGAGUGAGUCGGAUUAUAAGUGGCAAAUUAGCCGACUUAGCGUGUGUGAAUCGGGUUCGGAUGCAACAAUCAGCGCUGGUGACAAUUGGAAUAACUACGUUGUGUAUACCAUUUGCUGUAAAUUUCUACGGGUUAAUAGUAAUGUGCUUGGUUUUUGGAAUAUGCGAUGGAUUGUUCAUCUGUUUAGUUGGACCAAUUGCCUUUGAUUUAGUUGGACCUACUGGUGCUUCACAAGCUAUAGGAUUUUUAUUAGGAAUAUUUUCUAUACCUUUAUCAGUUGGUCCUCCUAUAGCAGGUCUACUGUACGAUUAUUUAGGAAAUUAUAAAAUAGCUUUCCAUGUGGCUGGUAUUCCACCUAUUAUAGGGGCAUUAUGUAUGUUUUUAAUUCCUGCCAAAAAACAGGUAGAUUGGUGUUAA